ACAUUAUCCAUGCAAUGGAACCAAACAAAGCCUUAUUGCAUGCAAUUAUGGUACAUCGUCCCUGCUAAAUCGUCAAUAAAAGUUUGCCAUCAAGAUAUAAGGAAUUCAACCACCUGUCUUUGGAGUCCGCYAGCUACAAYAGACCAUGAAUGGAAUUUCGGACAAGUUGAGAUACCUGGGGAUAAAGGUGGAAGUGUGCAAAUUGUUGGUUACGCCAAAGCAUUUCUAGCGGUUGAUGACUCCAAUUUUAUAGCAACUUCCUGUUCUCAAGUUAUCUCACAAACUAAUCCAUCCUGCUAUUUUGAUCGUUAUCAACCCUGUCAAAUGAAAAUAGACAAGUCAUGGGUGCCAACAAUGCAUAAAGACCGACAAGGUGAAAACAGCUUCUACUUAGCCUUACAAGGCAAUGCGUCCAACAUGAUAUCAAGCCCAUUGAUGAGAUCGAAAUCASAUGGAUGGAAGUGUUUACGAUUCUGGAUGAGCAGCAUGAACAAACAUAGUUCAAGAAAACUGGAGAUCUUUUAUAAAAACCAGAGCAAUUUGAUAUCUAUUUUUAGAUUUACAUCACUUACACCAGSGUGGAUCUUCUUUCAGUCACCAAUACCAGGAGAGGAAAACAAUUUCCAGGUUGUAAUUGAAGGAAAAAGAGACGAGUAUGCCUCGCUUUCAGUGGAUGACAUCACAUACACGAAAUUUCAAUGUCAACGUAUUCCUGAUGCAGACGCCAAAUCAAAUAAAGAAUGCCUUGAAUAUAGCACUUUGGAUGAUCUUGAUCGAAGAAAGGACCAAAGUGGAUCAAAGUCGAGUUUUAGAUCAAAAGACUCAGAAGUUAUUGAAGUUCCAUUUACAUGGUAUCGCAUAGCUGGACUKGCGGGUAAUCAAGUUUCCACGGAGUGCACUCAACAUUCGAAAUAUGCAUGCAAUGAUGUAAGUCAAUUCUGGAUAGAUGGAAACAUGCCAAGUUUAGCCCAGGGUCCGUUGGACACGACAAUGUGCGUACGAAUUGAUGAUGAGUGCUGUGYCAAAAGAGUAUCAGUCGUUAUUCGCAAUUGCGGYGGAUACUUUGUCUAUCGAUUUAUAAACAUAGAAAGCGGUGAAAAAGUUUGUACAGAAUACARCGCACGAAAGCUUACAAUUGAUAUGGAAUGGCGAAACUGGUCAAAUGUAAAUUCGGGAUUAAAGUGGGGCAUCCUCAGUGACAAGCAAUUUAUCUUAGUUGAAGCUAUUCAGACUGACCAAGACAAACAUCUUAAAGGUUUACAGCGUGGUGUUGGGCUGGUUUUAAAUGGAACAGUACUUUUUAAUGUUCCAACAAAACCAAAYAUCGAGUCAUUUACAAUGUGUUUUUGGAUAUCUUCGAAUACAACUACGUCAAAAUUGGUGAASAUUACCAUUAAAACCAAUAUGGAGAUGUCAUUGGAUGUUUUUAUUUGUCGGUCUGUUUGGAGACACAUAUGUGUAUCGUUCCAAUAUGGUGUAUACUUGAUUUAUGUCGAUGGAGUAGUGAACAAGACGGWGUAUACUGGAAAUGAACUUUGGAAACUUAACGGUGCAGACAUAAAACUUUCCAUCACUUCACAUGAACUCAUAAAUAUUAAGCUAACAAGUCUUAACGCGUGGGACAAGUUUCUCGACGAAGACACUAUUCUAUAUAUGUCUUACAGUUGUAAAAGUCACAAGGGAACUAUGGUUCUCUGGGAGGAAUUCGUUAAGAAUAUUUCCAUGGUUACCAGUUCCAAUUCUUCAGUUGUUCACUAUAACAGAACAUCUUGCGAAGGAAGAAAAGGAAACGUUCUUAGCGUAGUAUCUAACGCCAGUACAGCGUUGUCAGCAAGGGCGAUAUAUCUAAGUCCACCUUACCCUUUACUACCAAGAUUAGUUAAAUCACCUGCAAGGUGUUUAAGAUUUCAAUAUCGGUUGUGGGGCCCUGGAGCGAAAGUGCUGAAGCUAUAUCAAGUCUUGGAUAACAAAACAUUUCCAUGGAGACCAAUCUGGAUUGAAAAGACCAGUUCRAGUAGUUGGAAGGAAGGACGGGUCACUCUUUCAGCUGUGACAGAAUAUCAGAUAGCGAUCGUAGGCGAAAUGUCGAAUGCACCAGGACUAAUAUCGAUAGGAGCUUUAUAUACCACUGAAGAGUAUUGUCCAGUGUUACCUGCUUCAGCAGACAAAGCGUGCAAUGAAAUAUUUACAAACUUGAUUGGUAACAUCAUGUCUCCCUAUUAUCCAAGUUACUAUAGCAACAACGCUAGCUGCAACUCGACCAUCAUAGCGAAGCGAGGCUACGUUAUUCGUCUAGAUGUCGUCGAGUUUGAGCUGGAAAUGAGCACACGAUGUGAGAAUGACUCUGUUGAUGUGUAUGAUGGUGGUAAACGAACUGGUCGAUAUUGUGGUAUAAGGUACCCACCCAUCAUUCAGUCGACUACAAACCAACUUUCGGUGGUGUUCCGAUCAAAUGCAAAGAUAACUCGCACUGGAUUCAUGGCACGUUACCGGAUUCUGAGAGAUAAUGAUACAAAGCAAGGAUGCUUACAAGACUGCCCAGCUGAUUGUCAAUGUCGAAAGCUGUCUGAUGGAAGAAUAGUUGUCUCAUCGCGAAGUAUCAAUGCAGUUCCACGUCGACUYCCUCGUGAMACAUCAGUCAUGUAWACACAUCAUUUGAUGAACCAGCAAUUACAAUAUACUGAUACGUAUCCUUACAUACCUUAACAUUAGUUUACUKAAUUACUUGCUUUCAUGGCGAUAUACAGUAUAUAUUUAUAAUUCGCAUUUAAAAACCUUGUUUUUAAACAAAAAUCGAUGAUUUUAACUCAGCAGCGGUUUUCGUCGAUACACAUUUACAGCUWUCUCACUGAUGUCAGCUCCAAAAUUUCAUCAUAUCAGCUUUUUCAGCGUCCACUGAUUUUUAAUCACUGUAUUAUUAUAUUAAGACCAAGAAUUUAAACUAUAUACUUCUAUUAUCAUCAUCAUCACCASCAUCACCAUAGUCYAUAAUCUUUGUUUGAAUUGUCGUUAGAAAUGUGUUAAUGGUGUGCCAUUUUCUUUCAGCUUGUUUUCUGGRAAUAAAAUCUUCMACAUAAAGAGAAAUACAUUUGAGGAUCUGC